UGCUUCAUUCGUACUGAUUGGUGCCCUGGAGGAAGGAAACAGAAGGUGCCCCUCCCUUGUCAGAUGGUGUGCUUGAUUUUCCACUUCUGGAAGAACAAAAAAGACAAUCACCUUUUAGAGUUACCUUCAUUCCAGCUGGGAGAAGCCACUAAGUGACUGGAAUGAACAGGUAUUGUGGAUCUUGGUCUCUUGGUUUUAGAAGAAGAGGACAUCAGCUCUGAAGAUAUCCUAAUGCAGUUCAGUGCUAUCUCACACUACCAAAUCCAGGAACAAGAAAGGGAAGAAUGUCUUGGCCCAAAGAAAUGGACAGUCCAGUCACCUUCAUGAAUGCCUCCAGGGUCACUGAAUUCAUCUUACUGGGUCUUUCCAGGUCUCAGUCCAUCCAGCUCCUUCUAUUUGUCCUGGUGAUAUUGUGCUAUGCUGCCGUUCUGAUUGGCAACCUUCUCAUUGUAUUGACGGUGCACAUAGAUCCACAUCUUAAAAAAUUGCCCAUGUAUUUUUUCUUAUCCAAUUUAUCCAUCAUAGAUACAUCGGUGGGUUCAGUAGUAGUUCCCAAAGUAGCAGCAGAUCUGGUCACCCAAAGCAGGACUAUCUCAUUUAGAGGCUGUAUGUCCCAGCUCUUUUUCUUACACUUCUUUGGAGGUUCCGAGAUGCUCCUCCUAACUCUCAUGGCGUAUGAUCGCUAUGUGGCCAUUUGCCAUCCACUGACAUACACAACCAUGAUGAACCGGCCACGCUGCAUUAGACUGAUGUGCUUCUGUUGGUUUGGAGGCCUCCUCCACUCUUCUAGCCAGUUAUUCCUGGUCCUACGGCUGCCGUUCUGUGGGCCAAAUGAAGUGGACAAUUUCUUUUGUGAUGUUCCACAGGUAGUCAAACUAGCUUGCGUUGACACCCGUGUCACUGAGAUACUCAUGGUGGCCAAUAGCGGCCUGCUCUCCCUGGUUUGUUUCGUCAUCUUGCUGAUCUCCUAUGGCAUCAUCCUGAGCACCUUUCAAGGCCGCUUCAAGGAGAGUGGAAGGAAGGCUCUAUACACCUGCAGCUCUCACCUGACAGUGGUCAGCCUUUUCUUCCUACCUUGCCUCUUUGUGUACCUUGUCCCCAUCUUCAGCGCCAGUCUGGACAAGGUGUCUUCCGUAUUUUAUACCACAAUAACACCUUUCCUUAAUCCUAUGAUAUAUUGUCUAAGAAAUCGGGAAAUGAAAGAGGCAAUGGGCCGAGUGAGGAAGACAUUAACGUUUUCCCACUGGUCUUAGAAAGAAGCAGAAGGAUGAAUAGAUUUUUCAAAAACCCUUUUUUUGUUUAAGGUAAUCCUAUUUGAUAGUGUAGUUCCUACUAUUAUAAUUGUAACAACAGUGGUGAUGAACCUCAGCAUAUAACCUCCCAUCUAGGACUACUGGUAUCCCUGAGAUAGAGCACAACCAAAUAUAUGAGAGUCAAUAUUUCCUUUAGGAACAUAGGAGCUCUAAUUUUAGUGAAAACAUGAGUGUUUUACACUUCAUAGUGGUUUUAGCCAAAUGUCUAUGGAGAUUCUCAGUCAACCAGGUCAUGGCUUUCCCAAUGGUGCUUUUUCAGGAGGCAACUGGACUUUCUUUGAAGACAUUAUUUAUUUAUCUAUCUAUCUAUUUAUUUAUU